AUGCAGUUCUCCAAGAUCACCCUCAUCGUCGGCAUCUCCGCCACGGCCGUCUUUGGCCUCGCCGAGGACCACCAGAGCACCCCCGCGAACCCCAUCCUCGCAGCCCGCCAGAACGGUCCUCCCUGCAGCGGCCGCGGCAACUGCGGCUACGGGCUGCCCUGCGUCAAUGGUCGUUGCGCGACCUCGUUCAAGAACCUCAAGCGCGACUUUGCCGACCUCCAGGGCAUCCACAGCAUCCACGCUCGUCAGAACGGCCCCAGGUGCAGCGGCCUAGGUAACUGCGGUUACGGUCUCCCCUGCGUCAACGGCAGGUGCGCCACUUCGUUCAAGAGCUUGCAGAACCGCGAAGAGUCCGAUGUUGCUUCCGACGGCGACGAUGAGGAAGAGGAAGAGUAA